AUGGAAAUCUCUAAUUCUCAAGAUAUUAUUGGUCCAAGGUGUUACCUUCCACAUCAUGCUGUCUUCAAAGAAUGCAGCUCCACUACUAAGUUGAGGGUAGUAUUUGAUGGCUCUGCUGCCACUUCUAAUGGAGUAUUUCUCAAUGAUAUCUUGAUGGUUGGUCCCACUGUCCAGCCAUAUUUAUUUUCCAUUAUUAUAAAAUUUUGCUCCUUUAACGUUGCUCUGUCAGCUGACAUAGCAAAAAUGUAUCGCCAAGUGUCGCCCCAUCCUGAUGAUAGGAACUUGCAGAGAAUUCUGUGGCGAGAAUCACCAUCUGAACCGAUGCAAGAAUAUAGACUGUGUACACUCACUUAUGGAACCGCUCCUGCUGCCUUUCUUGCUACCAGAUGUCUUCAACAGUUGGCUUUGGAGAAUCAAAACAGGUUUCCAAUGGCAUCGCAAGCCUUUAUGUCUAGCUUUUAUGUGGAUGAUUUCUUAGGUGGCUCAGAUACAGAAGCUCAGGAACUUCAAAUCCAGCUGACUCAACUACUUGCUUCUGCGGAGUUUUCACUGAGGGAAAUGGUGUUCCAAUAG